AUGCAGUGCCACGCACACCUCGCAAUGACGGCCUGGUCUGCAUCGGAGCUGGAGCCAGAUGACGUGCAAAGCCUGGCCGUAGCCUCCUGCACAUUCAGCCUCUGGAGUGAACAGAUCGAUGCCGUCGCAGCGGCUUCCGGGGACGAAGCCGACACGGUGCAGGCGGUCUUCAGUACCCUUGCUAGGCAGAGGGUGUCGCUUCUGAGAGCUGUGGAAGCCAUCGAUGCCCAAGAGCGCGACAAGUGUUUCAGCUUCAUCCUAGGUGGAGCCAUGGGAGCCUGA